AUGGUGCGAAUCGGGCUCCAGCCCGGCCGCCCCCUCGCUCUCCCCGCCUGCCUGCCCGCCUGGCCACGGCCUGUGAGGAUGGCUGUCGGGAGUUGUUUGUUGCACAAACUAUUCUUAGCACAUGGGAUGGGCAUAGACAUGCUCUGGUUUUUCCUCCCGUUGCGCACACACACACACACAACGGGCUCGUUUGAAGGCCGGCAGCGGGGUUGUUUUACUAUACACCUGUGUAUUGUAAAGAGGCGUUGAUGUCAAACAUUAAGGCUUCGGACACGGUCUAGGCAUGUAGCCUAUACCCUUAUGGGCCUACAGAAGUAGAGAGAACCUCCCUUGACAUGACAAAUGGCUAGAACUUCCAUUAUCUUUGUCUUCCCAAGGAAAUAUCUUGAAACCCUUUUUAAAUAUAAUAAUUACAAACAUCUUAUUCAUAAUCAUAGCAUAUUAAUAAUUUGGCAUCUUCAAAUCAAUUAUUCAGAUUGAUAUUCUUUCCUUUUUCCACAAAUUAAGUGUUCCAUUUAGGCUGUUCUGAUUUUCCUACUAAUGAGGUUAAAGGGUACUAAUGAUGUUAAAGGGUAGGUAGCAUAAACAACCACAUGUAACAUAUGGAUUUGCAUUAGUAUAUGCAUCAAAGUCCCAGUUCAAAGUUACACCUCUCUUUUCUAUUUUUCGAGUUAUUACAUAAAACCGAUUAGAAUUCCAAAGAAUGCCGAAGUCAUGUCGGAAAAUGUUUUUGUGUGGUGUGACGUUAUAUGGAGGACCCUGCAAGCCAGCCUAUUCCCUAUAAUGUAAACUCCAACAGAAAUAACUUCAAAUAUAUACUGAACAAAAAUAUAAACGCAACAUGUAAAGUGUUGGUCCCAUGUUUCAUGAGCUGAAAUAAAAGAUCCCAGAAAUUUUCCAUACGCACCAAAAAAACGUAUUGCUGUCAGAUUUUGUGCACAAAUUUGUUUACAUCCCUGUUAAUGAGCAUUGUCCUUUGCCAAGAUAAUCCAUCCACGUGACAGGUGUGGCAUAUCAAUAAGAUGAUUAAACAGAAUGAUCAUUACACAGGUGCACUUUGUGCUGGGGACAAUAAAAGGUCACUCUAAAAUGUGCAGUUUUGUCACACAACAUAAUACCAAAGAUGUCUCAAGUUUUGAGGGAGCGUUCAAUUGGCAUGCUGACUGCAGGAAUGUCCACCAGAGCUGUUGCCAGAGAAUGUAAUGUUCAUUUCUCUACCAUAUGUUGCCUCUGUUGUUUUUAGAGAAUUUAGUAGUAUGUCCAACUGGCCUCACAACCGCAGAUCACGUAUAACCACGCCAGCCCAGGACCUCCACAUCCAGCUUCGUCACCUGCGGGAUCGUCAGAGACCAUCCACCCGGACAGCUGAUGAAACUAAGUAUUUCUGUCUGUAAUAAAGCCGUUUUGUGAGGAAAAACUAAUUCUGAUUGGCUGGGCCUGGCUCCCCAGUGGGUGGGCUUGGCGGCCAAGUGGGUGGGCCUAUACCCUCCCAGGCCCACCCAUGGCUGCGUCCCUGCCCAGUCAUGUGAAAUGCAUAGAUUACGGCCUAAUUUAUUUAUUUCAAUUGACUGAUUUCCUUAUAUGAACUGUAACUCAGUAAAAUCGUUGAAAUGGUAUAUAUUUUUUUCUCAGUGUAUAACUUCAAAUUAAAGUUAAACCAACUCAUUUGCACUCAUGACUACUGGUUUCAAUAAAAUGUUCAGACAACUUACAAGCAAACACUUUAUUGUUGCAAAUCAGCUGGCAAGGUUGCUAGCCAACUAGCCUGCUAAUGUUAGCCUUACUAGCCUGGUAAUGUUAGCCCUACCAGCCUGCAAACGUUACAUUAGCACUGCAUGAGUCAACCAGUUGCUAUCAACACCUCGCUAACAGCUACAUUAAAGUAAACCAUCGUUUUGGAAAUACGUACAGUUGAAGUCGGAAGUUUAAAUACACUUAUGUUGGAGUCAUUAAAACUUGUUUUUCAACCACUCCACAAAUUUCUUGUUAACAAACUAUAGUUUUGGCAAGUCGGUUAGGACAUCUACUUUGUGCAUGACAAAAGUAAUUUUUCCAACAAUUGUUUACAGACAGAUUAUUUCACUUAUAAUUCACUGUAUCACAAUUCCAGUGGGUCAGAUGUUUACAUACACUAAGUUGACUGUGCCUUUAAAUAGCUUGGAAAAUUCCAGAAAAUGAUGUCAUGGCUUUAGAAGCUUCUGAUAGGCUAAUUGACAUCAUUUGAGUCAAUUGGAGGUGUACCUGUGGAUGUAUUUCAAGGCCUACCUUCAAACUCAGUGCCUCUUUGCUUGACAUCAUGGGAAAAUCAAAAGAAAUCAGCCAAGACCUCAGAUAAAAUAAUUGUAGACCUCCACAAGUCUGGUUCAUCCUUGGGAGCAAUUUCCAAACGCCUGAAGGUACCACGUUCAUCUGUACAAACAAUAGUACACAAGUAUAAACACCAUGGGACCACGCAGCCGUCAUACCGCUCAGGAAGGAGACGCGUUCUGUCUCCUAGAGAUGAACGUACUUUGGUGUGAAAAGUGCAAAUCAAUCCCAGAACAACAGCAAAGGACCUUGUGAAGAUGCUGGAGGAAACAGGUACAAAAGUAUCUAUAUCCACAGUAAAACGAGUCCUAUAUCGACAUAACCUGAAAGGCCGCUCAGCAAGGAAGAUGCCACUGCUCCAAAACCGCCAUAAAAAAGCCAGACUACGGUUUGCAACUGCACAUGGGGACAAAGAUCGUACUUUUUGGAGAAAUGUCCUCUGGUCUGAUGAAACAAAAAUAGAACUGUUUGGCCAUAAUGACCAUCGUUAUGUUUGGAGGAAAAAGGGGGUCGCUUGCAAGCCGAAGAACACCAUCCCAACCGUGAGGCACAGGGAUGGCAGCGUCAUGCUGUGGGGGUACUUUGCUGCAGGAAGGACUGGUGCACUUCACAAAAUAGAUGUGAGAAGAUUCCUCUUGAGCUUGAUGGAAACCAGUCAAUAUUCAGGUCCCCAAUAAAUUAGACAUCUCUGUUUACAUCACAUACACUAUCAAGCAUUUCACACAUAUUAUUUAGAUGCUGACUGUUAGCACUUGGUGGCCUAUAUAAACACCCCAAAAGAAAAGGCUUUUAGAUGUGCUAAGUGAAACUGCAACCACAACACUUCAAUAACACUUGACAUUAGAACUUCUCUAAGCAUUACAGGGAUAUGGCUCUGAAUAUAUAUAUAUAUAUAUUUAUAUAACACACACCAACACCUCUCCCAUAAGCGUUUCUGUCUCUUCUAUAGAUGUUAUAUCCUUGUAUUGCUACUGCUGUAUCAUCAAAUGAAUUAUCUAAGUGAGUCUCAGAAAUGGCUAAUAUAUUAAUGUUAUCUGAUGUUAUUGAUUUCAUGAACCUUAUUUCUAAGGUUACAUAUAUUAAUAUGGGCUAUUUUCAUCCCUUUCCUGGGUAGCUUAUCAGAGACAGACAUAAUAUGGAAAGUCCAGGAUAGUCCUUGUUGAGGAAGAUAUACGUUCCUCUUAAGUUCUUGGCUCUUUCCAGAACAGCUACUUUGUCCUAAGGAACUUGACCACAAUCGGCCUGGGCCUGUCACCUGGGCCUUUGGUGGGUUUUCCAGUCCUGUAGGUGCGCUCCACCUCAAUAUUACUAUGGUCCAUCUUCAAUUUCUCUGAGAUCAUUUCCCUCACUUUGUCCUCAGACUCCGUCCAGGUCUCGUGGAGAUUCUGCAAUUCCGUCCCCAACCAUGUUACAUUUACAUUUUAGUAAUUUAGCAGACGCUCUUAUCCAGAGCGACUUACAGUUAGGGAGUGCAUACAUUAUUUUAUUUAUUUUUCAUACCCCCCGUGGGAAUCGAACCCACAACCCUGGCGUUGCAAACGCCAUGCUCUACCAACUGAGCUACAUGUUGUUCCACAUUGAUUGUCCCUCGAGAUGAUAAUCUGAUUUCUCUGUCAUUGUUAUCAUGGAUUCACACACAGAACUGAUGUCCUCUCUCAAUGACUUAUAGAUUGCUGUCAUCUUGCCGUUCUCCUGGGAGAACUGCAAACUGUUCUUUAGGCCCUGGACCUCUCUGGUCAGGUCGUCCAUUAUUUUAUUAGCUGAUCACCAGUAUUUGGACAAAACACUUGAAGCUAUUUUGUUGUUGUAGGGGCUGGAAGCUAUAGUGAGCUUCGAUUGCGGAGUAUUUGCAUAAAGUUCAGCUUUUCCCAACUUUAGUCCCACCCUGUUUAUGCUCCCAUGCUCGCAUCGCCUAAUGGUCCCCCCCCCGCCCACUUCGCUUCCCUCGAAAAUUAAUGGGGCUCUGUUGUUUCAUCGCCCCCAACAUGUUACGUGGAAAUGUAAGGGUUCUCAGUUCUGUCUCACAUGGAUGUUGUUCAGGCAGGCAGGCAUGACUCUGUUGUGCCCAAGCCUCCAGGAAGAAUAGGGGGAAGGGAGGAGCAGCAAGGGAGAAUAAGAUUAAUGAGCUCCAGGUCACUGUAAUAAAAGCGGCAAGCCUGUGGCCCGGAGCUUGAGCCACAGACACCUUUCUUUCCGAUGAUGGAGAAGCCAACUUUCUCUCUCUCGCUCUCUCACUGACAGACUGACUUGGGUAAAUAGGUACCUCUCACUACCAGCAAUUUCACCAUCCUCACUUAACGGUGAUAAUGCAGGUUAUGUGUGUUUGUAUGUUUGGUGUUUGAGCAAUAAAUAGAGAGAGAUCCAAUGAGAGAGAUCCAAAGUGUGUGGGGGGCUACUUCGGGUGGAGGGGGACUGUGGGUGCGUAUUUGAGGGGCGUGAUGGGUGUUGCAAUAGCAGAGGUAUCACACCCUCUCCCCACCUUUCUGCCCUUCCUCCCCUCUCGCUCUUUCUCAGCGUGACGUGCUGUUGAAAACGCAAGCCUUUAAGCCGGUCAUUAACUAGAGCACUGCACACCACUGCCACCAGGCAAACACUUAUGUCAUGUCAGCGUGUGUGUACAAAUUAUUCUGACCAUGUGUUUUCUCUCUCCAGGAGAUUACCUGUUAGUGAUGCGGGGACGCAGAGAAAUCUGGAUUUAAGUGAAGGGAACCACAUCACACAAAGCAUGGUAUGUCAUCGUCUAUAGCAUGUGUAUUACAGUUUUAUAACACUGUUUAUAACAAGGUUAAAGGCCCAUUGCAGUCAAUGUGUUUUUUCCUGUGUUUUGUAUCUGUAAAUUGCACAACAGCUGAUGAAACGAACACUGCUUUUUUGUUCCUUUUUGACACUUGACACUAAAAAUUGAAAACUAUUACAGCAGUGGAGGCUCCUCAAAGGAGGAAGCGGAGGACAAUCCUCAGUGAAUUAAAAAAAAAAAUUGAAAUAGUGAAAAAGUUAUCCUUUUCAGAUAAAACCAUACUAAAUAUAUUAACAGGUCACCAAAUAAUUGAUUGAAACUCCCUGUUUUGCAAUCAGUCUACAGUAGCUUCAACAGCACUCUGUAGGGUAUCACCAUGGUGUAGCCAGAGGACCGCUAGUGUCCGUCCUCCUCUGGGUACAUUGACUGCAAUACAAAACCUAGGAGGCUCAUGGUUCUCACCACCUUCCAUAGACUUACACGUUAAUUAUGACAACUUCCGGAGGACGUCCUCCACCCUAUCAGAGCUCUUGCAGCAUGAACUGACGUUGUCCACCCAAUCAAAGGAUCAUAGAAUAAAUCUAGUACUGAAAGCAUAAGCUACAGCUAGCUAGCACCGCAGUGCAUAAAAUGUGGUGAGUAGUUGACUCAAAGAGAGAGAAAGACAAUAGUUGAACAGUUUUGAACGAAUUAAUUUCUUUAAAAGUGAAGGAGAUGCGAGCGAGAGAGAGCAAUAUUUAGAUGUCUUUUUUUUACUUUCACUUACACUACAUGACCAAAAGUAUGUGGACACCUGCUCGUCGAACAUCUCAUUCCAAAAUCAUGGGCAUUAAUAUGGAGUUGGUCCCCCCUUUGCUGCUACAACAGCCUCCACUGUUCUGGGAAAGCUUUCCACUAGAUGUUGGAACAUUGCUGUGGGGACUUGCUUCCAUUCAGCCACAAGAGCAUUAGUGAGGUUGGCAGUGAUGUUGGGCGAUUAGGCCUGGCUCGCAGUCGGCGUUCCAAUUCAUCCCAAAGUGGUUAGAUGGGGUUGAGGUCAGGGCUGUGUGCAGGCCAGUCAAUUUCUUCCACACUGAUCUCGACAAACCAUUUCUGUAUGGACCUCACUUUGUGCACGGGGUCAUUGUCAUGCUGAAACAGGAAAAGGCCUUCCCCAAACUGUUGCCACAAUGUUGGAAGCACAGAAUCGUCUAGAAUGUCAUUGUAUGCUGUAGCGUUAAGAUUUCCCUUCACUGGAACUAAGGGGCCUAGCCCAAACCAUGAAAAACAGCCCCAGAUCAUUAUUCUUCCUCCACCAAACUUUACUGUUGACACUAUGCAUUCGUGCAGGUAGCGUUCUCCUGGCAUCUGCCAAAUCCAGAUUCGUCUGUUGGACUGCCAGAUGGUGAAGUGUGAUUCAUCACUCCAGAGAACGCAUUUCCAGCUUUACACCACUCCAGCCGACGCUUGGCAUUGCGCAUGUUGAUCUUAGGCUUGUGUGCGGCUGCUCGGCCAUGGAAACCAAUUUCAUGAAGCUCCCGAUGAACAGUUAUUGUGCUGAUAUUAAGCAGUUUGGAACUCGGUAGUGAGUGUUGAAACCGUGGAUAGACGAUUUUGACGCGCUAUGCGCUUCAGUACUCACCGGUCCCGUUCUGUGAGCUUGUGUGACCUACCACUUUGCGGCUGAGCCCUUGUUGCACAUAGACGUUUCCACUUCACAAUAACAGCACUUACAGUUGACCGGGGCAUCUCUAGCAAGGCAGACAUUUUACAAACUGACUUGUUGGAAAGGUGGCAUCUUAUGACGGUGCCACGUUGAAAGCCACUGAGCUCUUCAGUAAGGCCAUUCUACUGCCAAUGUUUGUCUAUGGGUAUUGCAUGGCUGUGUCCUCGAUUUUUAUACACCUGUCAUUAACGGGUGUGGCUGAAAUAGCCGAAUCCACUAAUUUGAAAGGGUGCCCACGUACUUUUGUGUGUAUAUAUAGUGUAGCUAGCGAAUGCAGCUAGCUAGUUUAGCCUACUCAAACACCCAGCUCAAACAGAGAGGGAUGCUAUGUUAGCUAGCUGGCUAUGGCUAUCCAACACUGGUACUCUUCCAAGUCAUGGUAAACCUUUGGAUUUAUUAAUUUAUUGCAACCGUGGCCCGCCGGUGUAACUGCUUGCUGACUGUACACUGUACUGCAUGAUUGUAGCAGGUUUACUAACGCAAUAGUUCUAGUAGCCAUGUUGACUAUGACGUUACUAACGUCGUUAGCUAAUAUGUUGACAAUGAUGUAGGCUGUGUGUAGUGGUUAGUGGUUAUGAUACUGUAUAAAGGUUUGGAAAGGUUUUUUUGCCUGGUCACAGACAGCUGAUGUGUUGUGCACUGAAGUCCAUAAGCGAAGGGAAAAGGUGAAAGGGUUAGAAGGAGAGGAGAGCGCGUAGAUGCAAGAAGGAAUUAUACAACGAUCAAAGGGAUCAUGCUGUUUUUAUGUGGCUGCUAUGAAAGUGAACAGUGUUUGCGUGAGAUCAGGGGUGUAUUCAUUCCGCCGAUUCUGUUGAAAAACAGAAUCGAACAGGGAGAAAUAUACCUGAAUUUAUCCAAUAGAAACUCUCAUUUGCAACUGUUGGACUAAUGAUUAUACCCUAGAUCAGUUAGAUGCAGGCAAGAGUGUGCAAGGCGGUAUUGAAUGUGUCAUUGUCUGUCACCUCGAUUACUCUAAUUGUUCUCUCGACCUGUGAACCUACGUUGUAAACUUUCAUUCAUUUAAACAUCACCGACCGCCACUGUAUUACAGUAAGUGUCAUGCGUCUGGGUGUAGCGGUAGGAUGGAAUCAGGCGCAGGAUACAGAACUGUAUAAAGAAAGUUAUUUACUGGAAGAAAAUAAGCAGAGCAAAUCCUCCACGCAGGGAAGAGCAAAUACCGGCUCACCAAAAGACAGCAAAACAACGAACAAUCACACACAACACCAUGAGGGAACCAGACGGUAAAAUAGGGAAACAAAUUAACAUAAUGGGUAACAGGUGUGAUCAAGAUAAGUGUAACACAGAAAACAUCGAUCGGUGGCAGCUAGUCCUCUGGUGACGACGAACAUCAAAGCCUGCCCGAGCAAGGGGCAGCCUCGGCUGAAUUCGUGACAGUACCCCCCCCCCCCUUGACGCAUGGCUCCAGCCGUGCGCCGACACCGGCCUCUGGGACGGCCAGGAGGACGCGGAGCAGGGCGAGUCGGAUGACGACGAUGGAACUCCCUCAACAGGGAGGGAUUGAGGAUGUCCCUCCUGGGAAUCCAGCUCCGUUCCUCCGGACCGUACCCCUCCCACUCCACGAGAUACUGCAGGCCCCCCACCCGACGCCUCGAAUCCAGAAUGGAACGGACCGAGUACGCCGGUUCCCCCUCAAUGUCCAAUGGGGGCGGAGGAACCUCCUGCACCUCAGCCUCCUGGAGCGGACCAGCUACCACCGGCCUGAGGAGAGACACAUGGAACGAGGGGUUAAUACGGUAAUCAGGGGGGAGCUGUAACCUAUAACAAACCUUGUUCAAUCUCCUCAGGACUUUAAAGGGCCCCACAAACCGCCGACCCAGCUUCCGGCACGGCAGGCGAAGGGGCAGGUUUCGGGUUGAGAGCCAGACCCGGUCCCCCGGUCCAUACACCGCAGCCUCACUGCGGUGGCGGUCGGCACUCGCCUUCUGACGCCUGAUAGCCCUUUGCAGGCGUACAUGGGCAGCGUUCCAGGUCUCCUCCGAGCGCCGAAACCAUUCAUCCACCGCAGGUGCCUCGACCUGGCUCUGAUGCCAUGGUGCCAGGACCGGCUGAUAACCUAGUACACACUGAAAGGGAGACCGGUCAGUGGAGGUGUGGCGGAGGGAAUUUUGUGCGAUCUCUGCCCAGGGGAUGUAAACUGACCAAUCCCCCGGCCGGUCCUGGCAAUAUGACCUCAGAAACCUACCCACAUCCUGGUUUACUCUCUCCACCUGCCCAUUACUCUCGGGGUGAAACCCUGAGGUCAGGCUGAUCGAGACCCCCAGAUGGUCCAUGAACGCCUUCCAGACCCUUGACGUGAACUGGGGACCCCGAUCAGACACUAUAUCCUCAGGUACCCUGUAGUGCUGGAAGACGUGUGUAAACAGGGCCUCCGCAGUCUGUAGGGCUGUAGGGAGACCGGGAAAAGGAAUGAGACGACAGGACUUAGAAAACCGAUCCACAACGACUAGGAUCGUACUAUUCCCUUGGGGGGAGGUCCGUAACAAAGUCCACCGAUAGGUGUGACCACGGCCGUUGUGGAACGGGGAGAGGUUGUAAUUUCCCUCUGGGCAGGUGUCUAGGUGCCUUGCACUGGGCACACACCGAACAUGAGCAAACAUAAACCCUCAUGUCCUGAGCUAAGGUAGGCCACCAGUACUUCCCACUAAGACAGUGCACUGUCCGACCGAUGCCAGGAUGACCAGAAGAGGGUGACGUGUGAGCCCAAUAGAUCAAUUGAUCGUACACAUGACCCACUGGACACUGGGGGGGAGUGGGCUCCGUGCGUGAUUCCCGCUCGAUGUCAACCUCCCAUACCACCGGUUCCACCAGACAAGAAGCCGGAAGUAUGGGAGUGGGCUCCCUGGACCGCUCCUCUGUGUCAUACAGCCAGGACAGAGCGUCUGUCUUAGUAUUCUGGGAACCUGGUCUGUAGGAAAGGGUGAAAUCAAAACGCGUGAAAAACAUGGCCCACCUUGCCUGGCGAGGGUUCAGUCUCCUCGCCGCCCGUAUGUACUCCAAAUUGCGGUGGUCAGUCAAAAUGAGAAGGGUUUUUUGCCCCCUCAAGCCAAUGUCUCCAUGCCUUUAGAGCCUUCACAACAGCUAACAGCUCCCGGUCCCCCACAUCAUAGUUUUGCUCCGCCGGGCUGAGCUUCUUUGAGAAGAAAGCAUAGGGGCGGAGCUUUGUGGGCGUACCCGAGCGCUGAGACAGUACGGCUCCUAUCCCAGCCUCGGACGCGUCCACCUCGACUAUGAAUGCCAAGGAGGGAUCCGGAUGAGCCAGCACAGGAGCCGAAGUGAACAGUGCCUUCAGGUGACCAAAAGCCCUGUCCGCCUCCGCUGACCACCGCAGGCACACCGGUCCCCCCUUCAGCAAGGAGGUAAUGGGAGCCGCUACCUGACCGAAGCCCCGGAUAAACCUCCGGUAGAACCCUAAGAAUCGCUGCACCUCCUUAACCGUGGUUGGAGUCGGCCAAUUACGCACGGCUGCAAUGCGGUCAUUCUCCAUCUCCACCCCUGACUCGGACAGGUGGUGUCCUAAGAAGGAGACGGACUGUUGGAAGAACAGACAUUUCUCAGCCUUGACGUACAGGUCGUGCUCCAACAGUCGACCAAGCACCUUGCGCACCAGGGACACAUGCUCGGCUCGUGUAGCGGAGUAUAUGAGAAUAUAAUCUAUAUACACCACUACACCCUGUCCGUGCAGGUCCCUGAAAAUCUCAUCGACAAAGGAUUGGAAGACUGAUGGAGCAUUCAUCAACCUGUACGGCAUUACGAGGUACUCAUAGUGCCCAGAGGUGGUACUAAAUGCCGUCUUCCACUCAUCCCCUUCCCAGAUACGCACCAGAUUGUACGCGCUCCUGAGAUCCAAUUUGGUGAAGAAGCGCGCCACGUGCAAUGACUCCGUCACACUAGCAAUGAGAGGUAGUGGGUAACUGUACUUUACAGUUAUCUGAUUUGAGACCUCGAUAGUCAAUGCACGGGCAUAAACCUCCAUCCUUCUUCUUCACAAAAAAGAAACUUGAGGAGGCAGGGGAAGUGGAGUGCCAGAUGUAUCCCUGUCCCAGAGAUUCGGAGACAUAUGUUGACAGAGGAUACAUGUGACUCCGAGGAAGUGCAGCGCCCUCCCGGAGAUUUAUCGCACAAUCCCCCUGUCAAUGGGGUGGUAAUUGAGUCGCCUUCCUUUUACAGAAGGCGAGAGCCAAAUCGGCAUAUUCGGGGGGAAUGUGCAUCGUAGAGACCUGGUUUGGACUCUCCACCGUAGUUGCACCUAAGGAAACACCUACACACCUCCCCGAGCACUGACGUGACCAUCCCUUAAGAGCCCUCUGUUGCCACGAAAUAUUGGGGUCAUGAAUGGCUAACCAGGGAAGCCCCAGCACCACGGGAAACGCAGGAGAAUCGAUCAGGAAGAGACUGAUUCUCUCCUCAUGACCCUCCUGCGUUUCCAUCCAGAGUGGAGCUGUAACCUCCCUAAUCAGGCCCGACCCUAAAGGGCGACUAUCUAAGGCAUGUAUGGGGAAGGGCACAUCAACAGGCACAAUAGGGAUCCCUAAUCUACGUGCAAACAGACAGUCUAUAAAAUUCCCAGCUGCGCCAGAAUCUACGAGCGCCUUAUGCUGGGAAUGUGGGGAAAACUCAGGAAAUCUUACACACACACACACACACACAUGUGAGCAACAGGGAGCUCUGGGUGAGUUGGGCGCUUACUCACCUGGGAUGGUCCACCAGGGCCCUGCCUGCUGCCUCGACUCCCUGAGGACCCUUUCCAGCACCGACCAGCAGUGUGUCCUCUGCGGCCACAGUUGGUGCAGGAAACAGUGCCCUUACCGGUCCCCCUUACAUCAGCAACUCCAAGCUCCAUGGGUGUAGGUUCGGAAGUGCUGGGGGAUGGACUGGACGGACCCUGAUUCGGACGUCCGCUGGUGGCCAACAGGUUAUCGAGCCGGAUAGAUAAGUCUAUCAGCUGUUCUAGGUUAAGAGUGGUGUCCCUGCAGGCCAGCUCCCGACGAACAUCCUCCCGUAGGCUGCAUCGGUAGUGGUCUAUCAGGGCCCUCUCAUUCCAUCCCGCGCUGGCAGCCAAGGUUCUGAAGUCCAAUGCGAAGUCCUGUGCGCUCCUCUUCCCCUGUCUGAGGUGGAACAAUCGCUCUCCCGCCACUCUACCCUCCGGUGGAUGAUCGAAUACAGCCCGGAAACGGCGGGUAAAAUCCUCAUAGUGCACAGACUCCGCAUCUAUAGCUCCCCACUCCGCGUUGGCCCACUCGAGUGCUUUCCCCGACAGACAGGAAAUGAGGGCGGACACGCUCUCGUAUCCCGAGGGAGCCGGGUGGAUGGUUGCCAGGUAGAGAAACCCCUGACACCCGGCAGCUGUUCCAUCAUAUGCCCUCGGGACCGAGAGCCGAAUCCCACUGGAACCAGUGUUAGAAUGGGUGGAAUUGGAGGAAGAGGAGAUGUUGGGAAACCUCCUCUGUCCCAUCGCUCCAUAGUGUUCAGGACUCGAUCCAUAGCUGUGCCCAAAGUUUGUAGCAUGGUCGAGUGCUGCUGGAUGCGUUCCUCCACUGAGCUUGAAGGAAUGGACGUGCCUGCUGAAUCCAUUACAAUGGUGCGUGAUUCUGGGUGUAGCGGUAGGAUGGAAUCAGGCGCAGGAUACAGAACUGUAUGAAUGGAACAACAUUUACUGGAACAAAAUAAGCAGAGCAAGUCCUCCACGCAGGGAAGAGCAAAUACCGGCUCACCAAAAGACAGCAAAAAGACGAACAGUCACGCACAACACCAUGAGGGAACCAGAGGGUAAAAUAGGGAAACAAAUUAACAUAAUAGGUAACAGGUGUGAUCAAUACAGACAAGACAAGUGUAACACAGAAAACAUCGAUCGGUGGCAGCUAGUACUCCGGUGACGACGAAAUCCGAAGCCUGCCCGAGCAAGGAGGUGGGGCAGCCUCUGCUGAAUUCGUGACAGUAAGGUACUUCAUUGUUACCCUGAAAUGAUUUGAUAUUGAGAUAAAAUGGCUGCAUUGGGCCUUUAAGAGACGUAAACCAUAUCCUCACAUUCCCAGUGGGUCAGAAGUUUACAUACACUCAAUUAGUAUUUGGUAGCAUUGCCUUUAAAUUGUUUAAUUGGGUCAAACGUUUCGGGUAGCCCUCCACAAGCUUCCCACAAUAAGUUGGGUGAAUUUUGGCCCAUUCCUCCUGACAGAGCUGGUGUAACUGAGUCAGGUUUGUAGGCCUCCUUGCUUGCACACACUUUUUCAGUUCUGCCCACAAAUGUUCUAUAGGAUUGAGGUCAGGGCUUUGUGAUGGCCACUCCAAUACCUUGACUUUGUUGUCCUUAAGCCAUUUUGCCACAACUUGGGGUCAUUGUCCAUUUGGAAGACCCAUUUGCGACCAAGCUUUAACUUCCUGACUGAUGUCUCGAGAUGUUGCUUCAAUAUAUCCACAUAAUUUUCCUUCCUCAUGAUGCCAUCUAUUUUCUGAAGUGCACCAGUCCCUACUGCAGCAAAGCACCCCCACAGCAUGAUGCUGCCACCCCGUGCUUCACGGUUGGGAUGGUGUUCUUCGGCUUGCAAGCUAUACCCUUUUUCCUCCAAACAUAACGAUGGUCAUUAUGGCCAAACAGUUCUAUUUUUGUUUCAUCAGACCGGAGGACAUUUCUCCAAAAAGUACGAUCUUUGUCCCCAUGUGCAGUUGCAAACCGUAGUCUGGCUUUUUUAUGGUGGUUUUGGAGCAGUGGCAUCUUCCUUGCUGAGCGGGCUUUCAGGUUAUGUCGAUAUAGGACUCGUUUUCACAAGGUCCUUUGCUGUUGUUCUGGGAUUGAUUUGCACUUCUCGCACCAAAGUACGUUCAUCUCUAGGAGACAGAACGCAUCUCCUUCCUGAGUGGUAUGACGGCUGCGUGGUCCCAUAGUGUUUAUACUUGUGUACUAUUGUUUGUACAGAUGAACGUGGUACCUUCAGGCGUUUGGAAAUUGCUCCCAAGGAUGAACCAGACUUGUGGAGGUCUACAAUUAUUUUAUCUGAGGUCUUGGCUGAUUUCUUUUGAUUUUCCCAUGAUGUCAAGCAAAGAGGCACUGAGUUUGAAGGUAGGCCUUGAAAUACAUCCACAGGUACACCUCCAAUUUACUCAAAUGAUGUCAAUUAGCAUAUCAGAAGCUUCUAAAGCCAUGACAUCAUUUUCUGGAAUUUUCCAAGCUGUUUAAAGGCACAGUCAACUUAGUGUAUGUAAACUUCUGACCCACACUUUUUUUUUUGACAAAAUGUUUAAAAAAGGUAUAAUCUUCGUAAAUGAUAUCUUCGGUAGGGCUGGUGGAGUUAUGUCGCACAUGCAGCUAACAAAAACAUAUGGAAAUGUCUGCUCUACCAAAAAUUACAACCAAAUAAUUGCAGCCUUUUCGCAAAAAUGGAAGAGGAAAGUGGAAGGGGGAGAAAGUAAGGAACUUGUCUGUCGGCCUUGCAUUAAAGAACAUAAUUGGUUAAGGAAAACUGUGAUAAAUAAAAAAGUAUACCAGUUUCAUUUAAGGACAGCCGUCCCAUAUAGAUUGCAAAAUAGUUGGGAAGAGAUUUUUGAUGUACCGAUCCCAUGGCAUAGUGUUUAUGAACUGAUACGCAAAACGACACCGGAUUCAAAAAUUAGAAUCUUUCAAUUUAAAUUAUUAUAUACAAUUCUUGCUACCAAUAGAAUGUUAUUUAUAUGGGGAAUACAAUCUUCCCAGCUCUGCAGAUUUUGCUGCGAAGAGACAGAAUCAUUAGAUCAUUUGUUUUGGUACUGUCCAUUUGUAGCUUGUUUUUGGACACAGGUCCAGGAAUGGCUAAAGAAUUGCAAUAUUUACCUGGAGCUAACCCUGCAGAUAGCAUUACUGGGUGAUCUGAAAAGUUAUAGUCAAUCAAUCAAUAAUAUAAUAAUACUUUUAGCAAAAAUGUUUAUUUUUAAUUCACAAUCUGUAGAAGCAAUGAGAAUAGAAAGGUUCAGAAUUUUUGUAAAACAUCACAGUACAGUUGAAAUAUAUAUGGCAAAUAGAAAUCCUAUAUGGAUGGUGUUAAGAGAUAGAUGGGAGGUGUUCAAUGUAGCUGAAGGAUGGGACUAAUAACAACUAACAACAAAAUAAUAACAAGAUAACUAAUAAUGUAAGCAUACUGUGUCCAUAAUAAGUAUAUAGGUUCUAUGUUGGGAGCUUUUGGGAAAGAGCACAGUUAGAAAGAUAUGGCAUAUAGAAACAAACCGGAUGGACAUCAUGAAAAUGAUCAGAGAGGUUGAGAGUAGAACAAGUUCAGGAGAAAAAAAAAAAAUAGAUAUAAUUAUUGUAAAAUUGAAUGUGUCCAUAAAAUGUAGAUAGUAAGUAUAAGCUGGAAGUAGAGGCCUAAGCAUUGUUGUUCACUAGUUUACCCCAUAUAUAUAUAUAUACACACACACACAGUGGGGGAAAAAAGUAUUUAGUCAGCCACCAAUUGUGCAAGUUCUCCCACUUAAAAAGAUGAGAGAGGCCUGUAAUUUUCAUCAUAGGUACACGUCAACUAUGACAGACAAAAUGAGAAUUUUUUUUCCAGAAAAUCACAUUGUAGGAUUUUUAAUGAGUUUAUUUGCAAAUUAUGGUGGAAAAUAAGUAUUUGGUCAAUAACAAAAGUUUCUCAAUACUUUGUUAUAUACCCUUUGUUGGCAAUGACACAGGUCAAACGUUUUCUGUAAGUCUUCACAAGGUUUUCACACACUGUUGCUGGUAUUUUGGCCCAUUCCUCCAUGCAGAUCUCCUCUAGAGCAGUGAUGUUUUGGGGCUGUCGCUGGGCAACACAGACUUUCAACUCCCUCCAAAGAUUUUCUAUGGGGUUGAGAUCUGGAGACUGGCUAGGCCACUUAGGACCUUGAAAUGCUUCUUACGAAGCCACUCCUUCUUUGCCCUGGCGGUGUGUUUGGGAUCAUUUUCAUGCUGAAAGACCCAGCCACGUUUCAUCUUCAAUGCCCUUGCUGAUGGAAGGAGGUUUUCACUCAAAAUCUCACGAUACAUGGCCCCAUUCAUUCUUUCCUUUACACGGAUCAGUCGUCCUGGUCCCUUUGCAGAAAAACAGCCCCAAAGCAUGAUGUUUCCACCCCCAUGCUUCACAGUAGGUAUGGUGUUCUUUGGAUGCAACUCAGCAUUCUUUGUCCUCCAAACACAACGAGUUGAGUUUUUACCAAAAAGUUAUAUUUUGGUUUCAUCUGACCAUAUGACACUCUCCCAAUCCUCUUCUGGAUCAUCCAAAUGCACUCUAGCAAACUUCAGACGGGCCUGGACAUGUACUGGCUUAAGCAGGGGGACAUGUCUUGUACUGCAGGAUUUGAGUCCCUGGCGGCGUAGUGUGUUACUGAUGGUAGGCUUUGUUACUUUGGUCCCAGCUCUCUGCAGGUCAUUCACUAGGUCCCCCCGUGUGGUUCUGGGAUUUUUGCUCACCGUUCCUGUUGACCCCACGGGUGAGAUCUUGCGUGGAGCCCCAGAUCGAGGGAGAUUAUUAGUGGUCUUGUAUGUCUUCCAUUUCCUAAUAAUUGCUCCCACAGUUUAUUUCUUCAAACCAAGCUGCUUACCUAUUGCAGAUUCAGUCUUCCCAGCCUGGUGCAGGUCUACAAUUUUGUUUCUGGUGUCCUUUGACAGCUCUUUGGUCUUGGCCAUAGUGGAGUUUGGAGUGUGACUGUUUGAGGUUGUGGACAGGUGUCUUUUAUACUGAUAACAAGUUCAAACAGGUGCCAUUAAUACAGGUAACGAGUGGAGGACAGAGGAGCCUCUUAAAGAAGAAGUUACAGGUCUGUGAGAGCCAGAAAUCUUGCUUGUUUGUAGGUGACCAAAUACUUAUUUUCCACCAUAAUUUGCAAAUAAAUUCAUUAAAAAUCCUACAAUGUGAUUUUCUGGAGAAAAAAAUUCUCAAUUUGUCUGUCAUAGUUGACGUGGCCUAGCCAGUCUCCAGAUCUCAACCCCAUAGAAAAUCUUUGGAGGGAGUUGAAAGUCUGUGUUGCCCAGCGACAGCCCCAAAACAUCACUGCUCUAGAGGAGAUCUGCAUGGAGGAAUGGGCCAAAAUACCAGCAACAGUGUGUGAAAACCUUGUGAAGACUUACAGAAAACGUUUGACCUGUGUCAUUGCCAACAAAGGUUAUAUAACCAAGUAUUGAGAAACUUUUGUUAAUGACCAAAUACUUAUUUUCCACCAUAAUUUGCAAAUAAAUUCAUAAAAAAUCCUACAAUGUGAUUUUCUGGAUAUUUUUUUCUCAUUUUGUCUGUCAUAGUUGACGUGUACCUAUGAUGAAAAUUACAGGCCUCUCUCAUCUUUUUAAGUGGGAGAACUUGCACAAUUGGUGGCUGACUAAAUACUUUUUUCCCCCACUGUACAAUCUAUCUGCAAUGUUAAGCUUAAAAGUUUGGAAAAAUAGUCAGCAAACUGUCUCGAGGCCUCGUUAUUCAUGGCUUUCAAGUUGUCACUCCACUACUGAAUGAUCAAUGAACCCAAAUGGAGAGUUCUGCCCCUGUCAUACUCAAUGUGUGGAGUAGAUGACAUUUCAUGCAUACAUACUGGUACGUUCUAGGGUGUAUUUGAUAUAAUGGUUGUACCUGCUUCUUGAGGAUGACUCUCUGGGUCUUGGUCUCAACGUCCAGCACCAGUUCAGCACCGGCCACCACCCGUUUCUUCCCCACCUGCCUCUUCCCUGCAUAAAAAAUAAAUAAAUAAAAAGAUAUACAAAAAAAAAACACUUCUGACCCACUGGAAUUGUGAUACAGUGAAUUAUAAGUGAAAUAAUCUGUCUGUAAACAGUUGUUGGAAAAAUGACUUGUGUCAUGCACAAAGUAGAUGUCCUAACCGACUUGCCAAAACUAUAGUUUGUUAACAAGAAAUGUGUGGAGUGGUUGAAAAACUAAUUUUAAUGACUCCAACCUAAGUGUAUGUAAACUUCCGACUUCAACUGUAGGUCCUGGAUGGCAGGAAGCUUGGCCCCAGUGAUGUACUGGGCCGUACGCACUACCCUCUGUAGCGCCUAAUGGACGGAUGCCGAGCAGUUGCUAUACCAGGCGGUGAUGCAACCGGUCAGGAUGCUCUCGAUGGUGUAGCUGUAUAACUUUUUGAGGAUCUGGGGACCCAUGCCAAAUCUUUUCAGUCUCCUGAGGGGGAAUAGGUUUUGUCGUGCCCUCUUCACGACUGUCUUGGUGUGUUUGGACCAUGAUAGUUUGUUGGUGAUGUGGACACCAAGGAACUUGAAACUCUCGACCCGCUCCACUACAGCCUCGUCGAUGUGAAUGGGGGCAUGUUCGGCCCUCCUUUUCCUGUAGUCCACGAUCAUCUCCUUUGUCUUGCUCACGUUGAGGGAGAGGUUGUUGUCCUGGCAGCACACUGCCAGGUCUCUGACGACCUCCCUAUAGGCUGUGUCAUCGUUGUCGGUGAUCAGGCCUACCACUGUUGUGUCGUCAGCAAAUUUCAUGAUGGUGUUGGAGUCAUGCUUGGCCACGCAGUCGUGGGUGAACAGGGAGUACAGGAGGGUACUUAGCACGCACCCCUGAGGGGCCCUCGUGUUGAGGAUCAGCGUGGCAGAUGUGUUGUUGCCUACCCUUUCCACCUGUGGGCGUCCCGUCCGGAAGUCCAGGAUCCAGUUGCAGAGGGAGGUGUUUAGUCCCAGGAUCCUUAGCUUAGUGAUGUGUAUUACAUGUGUAUAAGGCUGUUCAUAACAAGUUAGAGGUUUAUACAUUGUGUAUUACAUGUGUAUAAUAUUGUUUAUAACAAUAUUUAUAACAGAUUUUAACCUGUGUUAUUCCCCCUGUAGGUGGAUGCCAGGUUAACUCCCCUGGCCGCCAUGGGUCUGGACCGCAACGCUCUUAUGCGGGAUGGCCUCCGCCUGCACGGCGGCGUGAUCUACCCAGGGAUACAAGCACUGUCGGCUGAGAAGCCCCGCGACGGGACCAAUACCCUCCCCCUGAGCUACGGCCGAGACGGCCUCCCGGACCUCCUCUAUAAACCUGAUGUCUCCAUGGACAGGAGCAAGCCCACUAACAGCUACCUGGGCCUGUACAAGAGCCCUCCACCAGGCCUCCAGAGGGGGCCAGAGGGCCUGGGACUGGACAGGAUAGGUGUGGGGCCUGGGGGGGAGAAGCCCUCAGAGCUGGGCCUCGGGGAUGCUGGUGCAGCAGCAGGCGGGUACCUGCGUCUGCCCUGGGGGCUGAGCCCGGGGCUGUACCCCGAAGCGGGCCUCUACCCCUUCAUGGACUCCUCCAAGUACGCCGCCCUCAGCAUGUACAAGGCUCAGUUCCUCAGUCAGCCCAGCCCCUACCUGCCACAGCACCUGGCCUACCAGUCUCUCUGUGCCUCCCAGGGGGGGAACAUGAACCCUGCUGCUGCCUCGGCCUCCGAGAGGCUCUACUUCAUGCCCCCCUACCCCCCGUCCCCGAUCUCGUCCCCCCUGGUGGGGUCUCCCAUGAGGAUCCCAGCGGUGUCUGUGGCCCCCACCUCCAUGGUGCACUGCCAGGAGAAGGGGCUGAGUGUCGGGUCUCGCAUCCACCACGAGGGCUCUCCGUUUGGGCAGCAGCUUCACCAGCCUCCCCCUCCACCCCAGCACCUUCAGCCCCCCCACACAAACAGAGACCGAGACAGACCCCCCAGCAGGAGCAGUAAGCCCACUAGAUCCACCUCAAACAAAGGAGCCAGCACCAGCAGUGGUAGUAUUGGUAGUAGUGGUGGUAGUAGUAGCCUUCCCAUUGAUUCUUCCCCUGGCACCUCCUCUCGCCUCCCCCAGGCUGCUCCCCCCCUGCCUCCCCCUCUCAGCGACAGCACCUUAGACCUACAGAGGCCAGUCCCUCGAAUAGGGCCACCAUCUUCCUCCUCCUUAUCUUCCUCCUCUUCCCAGUCGAUGCCUCACCCAUUUUAUGUGAGCAGCAUGGCUCAAGAGCAUCACUCCCCCGCCCGACACAGCCCCCACAAAUCCAGCCCCAGGGAUGGGGCGUCGGAGCACAGGGCUGGGGGGUGUGAGAGGAAACCCAAUCAGUCCCCUUCCAAACCGUCCUCUGAGCGGCCAACCCCACCGAACAAGACUACCAAAGACCCAGCAGGCCCAAAGCCUCUGGACCUCUCUGGAAGGCUGCUGGAGUUCGGCCUGCCUCCCAACACCUUCCCCAUCAAGAUAGAGGCUCUGGGGUCUCCGGGGCCUCGGUAUGGACAUCACCCCAGCCGGGAGCUCCUGAAGGAGACCCUCUUACCCUCCUCCCACCCCUCCCACUCCCACUCAGUGGUCAACAGCACUUUCUCCAAGGCCCCAGACAGGCCAGAGAUGAUCAGCACUUUGCACUCCUCCUGGGUGGUGCCCACCCCUACACCCAUCUCUACACCCAUCUCCACCAUUGGGUCCACCCACACCCACACCCCCCCCCACCCCCCAGCCCUAUCCCCCUCCCCCAGGCCCAGCCCAGCCCCCCAAGGGAAAGGCUUCUCUCCCUCUGUCAUCAAACACAAGGUUCUGGAGAGAGUCCUGCCCCAGUCCCAGCAAAGCAGCCCAUCCUGCCCCAGGGUAGGAGAGCCGCAUACUACCCCAAUACCUUCCAAUCACAAUCCUGCCUCCACAAUGCCCCCGUCCCCCAAACCCAAUGGUGAUUGGCCCAAACACAGCCCCAGCCAUUCAGAAGAUUCCCCCAUGGCCGGCCAUCAUAGGAGCUCCACAGAGAAGCCCCCCAAAGCCCCCAAGAGGGCUGAGACGUCCCAGGAGGUGUCUCUGUAUAAUAAACGUCCUUGUCUGGAGAAUAUCAAUGGGCACACGCCCAGCCACCUUUACCUAGCUCACAGCAUGGCCUACGCCAACCGAUACCUGCACUACUCUGUAUCUGACAGCAUGGCCCUCCAUUCUCUCCCUCUGCCAGGGAAGGGCCCAGCCUACCCUCACCCCAUCCUGCUGGGCAACAGCAGCCUGUACCCCUCCCACCUGGCAGCCAAACACCCCUUACCCUACCACAGCCAUGCUGGGGAGUACCUCACCUACAACUCCCGGGAGAUGGUCCACCCUCUGAUGCACGCACAUCCAGACUCCAAAGUCCUGGAGCGGGGGCCCAAGUGCCGGGGCCAGGGUCAGGACAAACCUAGAGGUCUCACGGAGGAUUGUGGUGGGUCCCGCAGGGGCCGAAGUGGUGUGGAGACAGGAGAGGAUUCCCAUGUGAAGCCCAAAAGCGAGGCAGGGGAGCGGGGCGGGAGCCAGCCCAGACCCACUUCCUCCUCCAGCACCAGUACCCCCUCCAAAGACCGUAUCGUCUGCAUUGACCUCGUCCACUCCGACACAGAUGGAGAGUCUACUCCGUCCACCAACAAGCCGCAAGUCUCCGUUACCGUCCCCAUCGCCAGGGGCAACCAACACAACUGUUGCCAUGGCAACCAAAACAUUAGGGAAGUGGAACAGGAGCCAAAAUACCAACUUCAUCAUCACCACCACCCCAGCCCAAGCUCCACCCUGAGAACUAUCCACACAGACAGACAACUAGAGACCCUCUGUAUGAGACCCAGGCCCCUCCAGGAAACGGGCUGUACAGGUGUGGCCUCUAGCCCACCUCAGGGCUCCGCAGAGCUUGUUAAUCGGGCUGAGGAGAGUCCUGAGGACCAGAGUCCUUCCUCAGACCCAGGGGACCAAGGGGAACAGGACCAGAGCACCCUGCGCUGUGCCCGAACGUCUGGCGACCGCAAGUCUGGCGACCGCAUCUCUGGCAACCAUACAACUGGGGAUUGUGACCGCAAGUCUGGCGACCACAUGUCUAGAGAUCGCACAUUUUUUUGCGACCGCACGUCUGGAGAGGAGAGAGAAAAGAUGGACAGACUAACCUUCUCCCACCCCAUCCAUCGCUACAUGGACCUGGGGAAGGAGAGAGACAGUGAAAGAGAAGGAGGGAGCGUUGGAGACACAGAGGAGUCACAUGGAGAGGGGGAUGAGGAUGAAGAGGGUGGGCGAAGAGGCUCACGGAGGACCAGCCUUACCAAGAGGAUUGCUAGCUCCUCAGGCUAUGUGGGCGACCGCAUCAAAUGUGUCACCACCGAGCUGUACGCAGACUCUAGCAAGCUGAGCCGGGAACAGCGCGCCCUGCAAGUGAGUUGAGAGAAAUGCGGAUGUAGUUGGGUUGGGUUGGGGGGCAGCGUCAGUGGAUGUGAUGAUAACAUGACUCAUUCAUCUGAAGCCAUUUACAGUUUUAUAUGGUACGUUCCCAUAUGACCUGUGCAGGAAUCAAACCUACAACUAUGGUCAAUUCUGCCACUUAUUCUAGCGGGCCCAUAGAGACUUUCACAUUAUUCAGACAGGAUAUGACUUCAUAUAGGAUGUGUCUUAGAAUCAGUCUAUGGAUCAGAUAUCUGCUCCCCAUAGCUGAACUUGUAGGGUGAGGGUUAGUCCAGGGUUAUAGGCUUAUACCAGCCCUUUGUGUUGCCUCUGAGUUUAUGAGAGGACAUUUGAAGGAUGUUGACGGUCAGUGAGUUAGUACAAGGCCAGUUCAAAGGUUAACCUAGGCCUGUGAGUUGUCUAGGCAACAUUGGUUAGGUGGUUUGUGUUCUCUGUGUAUCUACCUCGGGAGAAAGAGAAUGAGAGUGAGGGGGGAGAUGGUGAAAUAGAAAGGGAGGUUGCAAAAGUUUGCAAAAGCAUGUGUUGCUGGCUGCUGAGCGGUAGGGCCUCAUGGUUCCCCCUGCCUCUGACUGUGCUUAACCCCAAGGGGAGCCAGAGGGUCUGGAGGGUGGAUGGAUGGGGUUCCCCUCCACCCACCCCGGCCUUAUCCAAGGUCACACACCCCUUCCCCCAAGGCUAUUAGUGCCUGGCUCCUCACACAUGCACAAACACACACACUGAACACAUUUAAGACACGCACACACCAGGGUUUCCAUUAGCUUGUAAUAGCCGGCCUUUGUCCCCAAAAAAUAAAAUAGAAAAGCCGAUAAAUAAAAUUGAUGCAGGCCAAUUGUCCGGGAGAAGAGGAAAAAAUCCCAUUGUAAAAUAAUGCUUUUUAGCCUAUUCAUGGAUGGAAAUACAAGUCGAUGGAAAUACAUUUGGCUGGUCAUGCUUCUAGGUCUAUAUGUUAAUUUGCAUAAUUUAGUGGAAUUAAAUUGGCGUGUGCACACAGUAUAUUUGUUAUGUAUCUUAUUUAUCACACGCGUACAGGAUACAGAGCCUUUGAGUGGAAAAUCUGCCAGACAGCGGGAGAGCUGCUGCUGCAGCAUCUUGUGGUGCUUUCAAGACAACUGGGAAUUCAGAAAAAUACAAGGUCAAAUCAUGAGGUCAGUGUUCUUCAGGUCGGAAAGUUGGAGCUCUAGAAAGAGGCCCGAGUUCCCGAGUUGGAUGACUGUUCAAAACGAUUUUUCCCCAGUUGUCUUGAACGCACUGAAGACGGAAGGCAGGCUUCAUCAGCGCAUCACACACCACUUUUGCUAUGAGCUGGAGGCAGUUUCGAAAACAUGUACUUAAUUGUUUGAAACCUGAACGUUUUAAAACAUAUAUUAUGAGGCAUGUCUUACCUUGCUUCAAAGUAGCCUAUUCUCAUUUUGUGUUCUUUUUUUCGAACUGAUAUUUUCAUCUCUGUCACAUGAAACCUCUCGCAUGUGCAGUGUCCUUUUGACAACAGUGUUUUCCCACUAAUUGCAUUAUGGAACAAACAUUUGCGAGUAGCCUACUGCCUUGUGUGCAUUGCUGUGGCUAUAACGUGAAGAAGUAGCCUAAUAGUUUAACAUUUUAAGCUAAACAUUCUGAUCUUUAUGUAGCCUAGGCCUACUGGUUGGAUGGAUUUGGGAUCCAUCUUCCCACAACUGUCCCAGAGUCGGAUUGGAAUGAGCUAUUUAUUUCUCGACAAGCUGACCAAUAGAAUAGGAAGCCUUAAUGUUUCUACUAUAGUAGAUUGACAUAGGCUAGUGAUUUUGCUGUUCGUUACUGGUCUUGUUGGCUGAGGAAAAGUACAUGUGGACAGUUAUUUUAACAUGUUCAAAGGGCACAUCAGAAUUCGGGUAAGAAGGACCGCACAUCGUUGCAUCCUCGACUUGCAUGUUCUGUUAAUAUGAAUUACCAUAUUCUAAAUGUGAUUUCUGUCAUUCUGAGCACCGUGGGUAGAAGCCCUAAUCGGGUUACGCACCCAAUGCAUAUGGGUCCGGUAAAUUCCUCAAAUGUCCGGUAAAUUUAAAAUGUUGCCUGUCAAAUGUCCUGCAACACAUUUUCCUAACGGAAACCCUGACACACACACACACACACACAUACACACACACAGACAUACUAUAAACAAACACAGAUUCAGUCCUGCACGAUUGAACUGCGGUGCAUUAUUGAGUGAUCAGACUGAAUCUACUUUUCUACUUGUUAUAGACCAACAUCCUGGUUCUGGUUAGAUUAGAUAAAAAAACACGUGUGUGUAUACGAUUUCUGGCGUAGACACACACACACACACACACCUCUUAUGAUGUAUAUGAAUGAAUGGGACAGAGGCACAUGUGUGUUAACCGGUUGGUUCCACCCGUCCAUAUGUUGUGAGGGCACCUCUAAACCAUGUUGGUUUGUCUUUAAUUGUCAUGCUUGCUGAUACAAAGCUAUCAAAUGCUAGAUUUCUGGACGUUUACUAUCAUCUUAAUAAGAGCCUCUGUCUAACUAAUUUAUGAUAAAUUAUAUACCCACAAUCACCCCCCCCCCCCCCCCCCCCCCCCCCAGUUCAGAAAACAAGGGUUUGAUAGUUUUGUAGUUGUGUUUAUUGACCGAUUCCCUGGUUUGGUUUGACUGUGUGUGUGCUUGGUGGGACUAUGGCUGGUUUGACUGUGUGUGUGCUUGGUGGGACUAUGGCUGCUAGAUGAUGUUUGUGUAUAACAGGGGUACUCCUCCUCCAGGUCUGCACUACUGCUGGGUUUCCUUUCUCCUUGUAGUUAAUAGGUUGGUUGGUUGAUUGAUGUUACUGAUUGGUCAAACCUUGAUUAGAGGGGAAGAACAAAAACUAGCAGUGCUGCAGACCCUGAGGACCGGAGUUGAGAAAGGGAGGUGUAAAGAUAUGUGGAGAAAGACAUUUUAACAUACAAUACCUACAUGAAAUGCUAGACAGAUAUACUGACUAAAAUGAUGGGCAGAUAUUAAAUAAUGAACAGAUAUAUUGAAAUGAUAAAAAUAAUGAACAGAAUAUAAAAUGAUGGAAAUGAUGGACAGAAUAUGGAAAGGAUAGAAUAUGCAAUGGACAGAUAUAUUGAGCCCCCCCCCCCCGUUCUAAUUGCUUAGAUGGAAGUCAUAUCACGAGAGAGGAGUAAUAUAACUCAACCUGCAGCUAACUGGGAGGUCAGUUAUUUACAUUUCUUUAUCACAUACUACCCCUCAGACAGGCUUUCUCUUUCUCUCCCUCUUUCUCUCCCUCUUUCCCUCCCUCUUUAUUUUUCUCUGCACUCUACACACUUUCUGUAUUUUAUCACUUGCUUUGCAUUGCUUCUUCCCUUUUCUCAGUUUUUCUCUCCCUAUAUCUCCUUCUCCCUCUUUUUUCUCUCUCUCCCCCUCUCUUUCUCUCUCUGUGAGCCUCAGGGCUAGCUGUAUGUGUUUCCUAGCUGUGUUCAUGUUUCAGGAAGGGAGAUGGCAUGAACUAGGACUCACUGUGGCUGACUGCACUAGUCUAACCUAACCGUGUCUGGAUGUGUCAUGCUUGUUCAUUUAUCUCUAUCUCUUUGUCCUGUCCUGUUUUGGCCUCCUUUUAUUGACACUGUGAUUUCCUGAUGCGAUGUUUGCUUCUGUAGCCGUUCAGCCCAGACUGAGGUUUAGAGAGGUGUGUGUGCGGCGCGGGCUAGAAAGGUAGUGGGUUUCAUGGCUGUUUUCUCUGUGUGCAUGUGUCUCCGUGUGUGUCCUGUCUGUCUGUCUGUCUGUAUUUGUGUGUGUAGCGGGCGAUGAUGCGGUUCUCGGAGCUGGAGCUGAAGGGGAAGGAGUGCGGGGGUGUGUGUGUGUCUGCGUCGGCAGCAGUAGCAGGACAGGAGUUGGCAGAUGGCCAGCGGAGAGAGAGAGAGUGGGAACACUGCCAACACACCGCCAGGCAGGGAGAGAGGGAGGGUGAGUAACCCAAUGCAUACACACACACACAAGUUCGCACACACGCGCUUUCAUACACACACACACACACACACACACACACACACACACAGCUAGGCAGGGUUUGGUCACAACACAUACACACACAAUGAGAGAGAGCGAGAGAGAGACGUGGGGAGAGAGUCUUAUUUUCAAGGAGUGUUUUGUGCUUAUCUCUGUGGAAAGAGGAUAAAGAGAGAGGAGAGGAGGAGGGGGAAAUCGAAAGCGAAUUACAGAGAGGGGGAGAAGUAAAGUUAGUGAGUGAAAGUGGAUGAGAGAGAGAGAGGAAUAGUGUGCCAGAAAAGGAGAGGGAGGGAAAGAGGGGGAGGGGGGCUACUUGUAUUGGCGGGGAGCCCAGCUGUGUAGUAGAGCGAGGCCUGGACUGACGUGGGAGCCUAAUUAUGGCAGAGAGAGAGCAAGGAACAGAGGGAGAGAAAGAGAGACAGAAUGAGGCAGAGAAAGAGAGUCACGCUCUGUGUGGCAGGGUCACGCCAGGGGGUGGAUGGGGGAGGAGAGGGGCGAGAUGGGAGGGUUUUCGUCCUAAAACAACAUUUUCCUCGCUUCCUCUUGCUCUCUCUCUCACUCUCUCUCUACCUCCCUGUUUCUCAUAGUAGGAGUGUCAAUGUGAACUGUUAGUUUCUUGGCUCCACUGACAUCUGAUUAAAAACUCUUUACCCCAUCCACUGACAUCUGAUUUAAAACUCUUUACCCCAUCCACUGACAUCUGAUUUAAAACUCUUUACCCCAUCCACUGACAUCUGAUUUAAAACUCUUUACCCCAUCCACUGACAUCUGAUUUAAAACUCUUUACCCCAUCCACUGACAUCUGAUUUAAAACUCUUUACCCCAUCCACUGACAUCUGAUUUAAAACUCCUUUACCCCAUCACUGACAUCUGAUUUAAAACUCUUUACCCAAUCCACGUGACAUCUGAUUUAAAACUCUUUAACCCCAUCCACUGACAUCUGAUUUAAAACUCUUUUACCCAAUCCACUGACAUCUGAUUUAAAACUAUUUACCCCAUCCACUGACAUCUGAUUUAAAACUCUUCCCCUUCCACGACAUCUGAUUUAAAACUCUUUACCAACCACUGACAUCUGAUUUAAAACUCUUACCCAAUCCACUGACAUCUGAUUUAAAACUCCUUUACCCCAUCCACUGAACAUCUGAUUUAAAACUCUUUACCCCAGCCACGGAACAUCUGAUUUAAAACUCUUUACCCCAUCCACUGACAUCUGAUUUAAAACUCUUUACCCCAUCCCAUCAAAGUUUUACAGCAUGUCGUUCUUUUUCUUACUCGCUCUCUUUCUUACUCUCUCUUUUCCUCUCUUUCUCUCUCCUAUCACCCCUCUCUCUCCGUUGCUUCUUUCUCCUCCGCUUCCUCCCCUUUCCUCCUCUCCUCUCGCUCUUCCUCCCUGGUCUAGGUGGAAGAAAAGUCUAUGGGAACAACAGAGUCCCAGUCCUCCAGAGGUGUGGGGGCCAAAGGGAGAGCCUGUCCCCAGGGCAGGAGGCCUGGGAGGGGGCUAGAGAUGGUGCCAGAGUGGGCGAGGGUGGGCGAUGUCCACCCUCCAUCUUGGCACUGGCAGACGGGCACCCCAAGGAGAAGGGUGGGCAGAGCACGGUACCCGCUAUCAAACGCGCACACAGCCUACAGGAGAAAGAUGAGGAGGAGGGAGGGAAGAGGAUUACUUCAGGUGAGUGUGGGAGAUGUCAUUUUCUCUUAUCGACCCGUUACAAAAAUCCUCUUAGACUUUUCUGUCCAUCUCACCCUUUCUCUCUCAGCUGUCUCAUUCCCAUCCCUGUUUCUCUCUGUCCCUCCUUUCACCCCUGUCCCUCCUUUCACCCCCCUCUCUCUCUGUCCCUCCUUUUCACCCCUCUCUCUCUCUGUCCCUCCUUUCACCCCCCUCUCUCUCUGUCCCUCCUUUUCACCCUCUCCUCUCCUCUUUCACCCCUCUCUCUCUGUCCCUCCUUUCACCCCCCUCUCUCUCUCUCUGUCCCUCCUUUCACCCCUGUCCCUCCUUUUCACCCCUCUCUCUCUCUGUCCCUCCUUUUCACCCCUCUCUCUCUCUCGUCCCUCCUUUUCACCCCCUCUCCUUUCACCCCUUCCUCUCUCUUCCCUUCACCCCCCUCUCUCUCUCUGUCCCUCCUUUCACCACUCCCUCUCCUCUCUUUCCCCCUCCUCUGUCCUCUUUCACCCCUCUCUCUCUCGUCCCUCUCUUUCACCCCUCUCUCUGCCUCCUUUCACCCCCCUCUCUUUCACCCCUCUCUCUGUCCCUCCUUUCACCCUCUCUCUGUCCCUCCUUUCACCCCUCUCUUCUCUCUGUCCCUCCUUUCACCCCUCUCUCUCUCCCUCCUUUUCACCCCUCUCUCUCUGUCCCUCCUUUUCACCCCUCUCUCUCUGUCCCUCCUUUUCCCCCCUCUCUCUCUCUUCCCUCCUUUUCACCCUCUCUCUCUCCCUGUCCCCUCCUCCUCUUUCCUCUUACCCCUCUCUCUCUGUCCCUCCUUUUCACCCCUCUCUCUCUCCUCUCCUUUUCACCCCUCUCUCUCUGUCCUCCUUUUCACCCCUCUCUCUCUUCUCUCUCCUUUUCACCCCUCUCUCUCUUCUCCUUUUCAACCCUCUCUCUCUGUCCUCCUUCUCCUCCUUUUCCCCCCUCUCUCUCUCUCUCUGUCCCUCCUUUUCACACCCCUCUCUCUCUGUCCCUCCUUUUCACCCCUCUCUCUCUGUCCCUCCUUUUCACCCCUCUCUCUCUUCCCUCCUUUUACACCCUUCUCCCUCUCUUUACCCUCUCCUCUGUCCUCCUUUUCACCCUCUCUCUCUUCCCUCCUUUUCACCCCUCUCUCUCUGUCCUCUCCUUUUCACCCCUCUCUCUUCCUGUCCCCUCCUCUUUCACUCAUCCAUUUCCCCCUCUCUCUCUUCCUCCUUUUUCACCCCCUCUCUUCUCUCUCCUUUUCACCCCUCUACUGUCUUCCCCUUCUCUCUCCUCUUCUCUCUGUCCCCUCCUUUUCUAACCCUCUCUCUGUCCUCUCCCCUCUGCUGCUCCUCCUUUUAUCAACCCUCUCUCUCUCUGUCCCUCCUUUUCACCCCCUCUCCUCUCUUCCUUCCUUUCACACCCUCUCUCUCUCUCCCUCCUUUUCACCCCUCUUCUUGUCCCCUUUUCCCCUCUCUCUCGUCCCUCCUCUUUUCACCCUCUCUCUCCUGCUCCCUCCUUUUCUCUUUCACCCCUCUCUCUCUGUCCCGUCCUUUCAUCACCCCUUCUCUCUCUCUUGGUCCCUCCUUUUCACUCCUCUCUCUUCUGCUCUCUCCUUUAUUCCAACCUCCCUUCUCUGUCUUCCUUCUCCCGCUCUCUCUCUCCUCUUUAAAACUCUCAUCUCUGCAGCUUCCCACACCCCCCUCUCUCUUUUUCUGCUCCCUCCUCACUACCCAUCUCUCUGUCCCCCCCACGUCUCUGGCCUGAGUAACCUUAGAUGUUCAAUCCGUUUGUGCAAGAUGUCAUCUCUUCCUAUUCUGUACAGUCGCUGUUCUCUCUUCUUACCCUCUGUCAAGCGCUCUUUCACUUCUCUCUCUCCUUUCUCUUCCUUGUGCCUCAGUCCCUUGUUUCUUUUUCCCCCUUCUUGGCUGUCAUCCCCUCUCCUGUGCUAUGGGGCGAGGUGUAUUCUCCUGUCUUGGGGAUACACUACUUCUCUUUUCUUUCCAUCCUUUCACCUCCCCCAGGCUUGGCUUUUCAUCCUUCCUUUCUUUGUUUUGGUUCGUUCAUUUUUUGCUGUGUUUGCUCCUCUCUGGUAGGUGGAUUUCUGGACUCCCCUCUCCUUUGCUUACCCACUCACCCAAGGAAUCUUCAGAGCUGCUCUUUCCUUCUCUUUUCAUCUCCUUUCUUUCUUCCCUCGUCUGUUUGGGUUUCUGUUCUUUUCCCCCUUUUCUUUUGGCAUGUGGUAUUGCGCUCGCUCUCCCAGUGCUGGCAGGCGAGAGGGAUAGUCCUCCCUGGUGCAUUUGGGGAAAACACUAUUUUUCCUCUCCCCCUUUUCUCUCUUUUCCAACCUCUCUCUCUCUCACUUUACACACACACGCCACACUCACACACACACAGGCUAUGCUUAAAGUGAGGCUUUAAACUCAUCAGCUUGAGAGAGAGUGGGCACUAUGUGUGUCUGUUUAUGUUGCAUUUCUGUGUCUGCAUGUGUCCUUUUUUCAUUCUCCACUAACCUCCACUUUCUGGCUCUUCAGAUGUCUGUGUGCUGCCUGCGGCUCCUACUACUAAUGGUGAUGAUGAAGAGGUGAGGAAGCUUAAAGUGUGUAUUGAGCUGAAGGGGCUCUGUCCUCCGCAAACCCACCGCCCACUCCCCUGAGAGACCAGAGGUCAAAGAGGAGAGGUCAUCACAUCAUAGCCCUUCCUCCCUGCCCCGGCCCCUCCCCCCAACCUGUACCCCAGCCCAAGCCCCACCCCCGCGGGACAGGAAGUUCAAGGUCGACCCGGAAGUGAAACCUCUGCCACAGAAGCCAGAGAUCACGAAGAGCUGGGCCAGAGAGAUGCUGGCUAACGGAGACGCUAAACGAGGUAAGUACACUGAGUGUUGUAGUCAGUCUGUCUGAUUGUGAUUCUCUCUAUGAGGUUGUUCUGUUGCCAAGUCGCCAGUGAUAGUAGGCUUUUACUGCUGCUGUGUACAGUAUGGAGCAAUCUUGUACUUUGUGAUAAGAUGUCCCGUUUCUUUUUCUGUACCCUUUGCAUCUCCUCAACAUCUCCUCUCUGGUGGUGGUGUUGAAGCCACAGAAGUGAAUCUAUGCUCUUUAUGGUUUAGCCUUCAAUAUCCAUGUGCUUUGUGGUGUCACUUCCUCUCUACGUUAGCGGUGUGGUCAUCCUGCCAGGGUUCAGGGACAUGAAGGGAUGUAGGAGGACACUUCCUGCUCGGUCCAGGGUGCCUGUGGAGGUCUCUUUAGGGUGUUUAGAGUGUUAGAGAGGCUGUCCCUGUGGUUAAGUCUCUUUCUCUCAGGGGUUAGAAUCAUAUGCCUCUGGGGUGUGGAUGCACAUUCUCUCUCUCCGGGUUGAAGAGCUAUGGAGAAAAUAUAGUAUUACGAGUAGUGUGCCUAGCGUGAGGAGAGUGUGUGUGUGAGUGAGAGCACGUGCGCAUGCCUAUUAGAAAUAUGGGGGCAGGUGUAAUGUGACUAACGUGUGAUGAAUUACUGUUUCCCCUCGGGGCCAGUCAAAUAGAGAGUGAGAGAGAAACGGUGAGAAACAGAGCGAAAGAUAGAGAUUGUUAAACUAGGGCUUUCCCUGUGCUCACACCAUAGCUGAGAAAAAGUGAGAGAUGAAUAGACUAAGAAAGAGAGAGGGAUUAAAGAAGGAGAGUAAGAAAGGGUAUUACCUGGGGUGUAUUCAUUACGCAGUGGAAAACGUUUAGUCUGUUGCAAAAUGUGUGUGUGCUUGCGCAUAUGUGUAUGCCUCCCAGACAGAUGUUCAUCCUCAUUAAUAAAUCGGCACACAGAGAGCUAGUAGAGCUUUACCUCCGCACCCCUAACCUUCAGGCCCUCUCUUUCUGUCUCUGUGUCUCGCUCUCUGUCUCUCUAACCUUGCAUUAUUUCUCUCCCCCUCUGUCUCUGUCCUGUAGUUGGAUUACUCCCUUUGACCCAGCAGAGGGACAGAUCGGCCCCCAAGGGGCCCUUGAUGGGACCAGGCUGUGACCGGGGAUCUAAGGAGCCCAGGAGAGGAGUGGUGGGGGUGAAGACUGUGGGUCAGUGCCCCCCCUCCUCUGCCCCCGAGCCCCCCACCGGAGACACCACCUCUCUCAAGCCCCGUCGUCAUGGUGACAUGGACAAACCCAAGGGCAAGCGGCCGUGCAAGACCAAACACACCAGCCAGAGAGAGAGGGAGCGCGAGAGGGAAAGAGAGAUGGAGCGGAGGAGAGAGCUGCUGAAUGGCGCUAGCAACCAGCACGGCAGCACAAAUCUGGGAGCAGCUCUGGAGGACAAGGUGAGAGUGGUGGAGUCUCUGGGGUGUCAGCGUUCACAAAUUCCAGAUUUAACAGGCUGGAAGAGGGUGAGAGAAAUAACAGAGGAAGUGGAUUGGGGAGGGAGAAAAGGAGUACAGCGGGACGGAGGGAGGGAGAAAAGGAGUACAGCGGGACGGAGGGAGGGAGGGAGGGAGGGAGGGAGGGAGGGACGGAGGGAGGGACGGAGGAAAGGAGUACAGCGGGAGGAAGGGAGUACAGCGGGACGGAAGGAGAGAGGGAGUACAGCGGUACGGAGGGAGGGAGGAAGGGAGUACGGAGGGGAGGGAGGGAGGAAGGGAGUACUGAGGAGGGAGUACGGAGGAAGGGUAGUACGAGGGAGGAAGGGAGUACGGAGGGAGGAGGAAGGGAGUACGGAGGAAGGGAGUACGGAGGGAGGGAGUACGGAGGGAGGGAGGAAGGGAGUACGGAGGGAGGGAGUACGGAGGGAGGGAGGAAGGGAGUACGGAGGGAGGGAGUACGGAGGAAGGGAGUACGGAGGGAGGGAGUACGGAGGGAGGGAGGAAGGGAGACGGAGGAAGGGAGUACGGAGGGAAGGGAUGGAAGGGAGUUACGGAGGGAGGGAGUACUGGAGGAGGAAGGGAGUACGGAGGGGAGGGAGGAAGGGAGUACGGAGGAAGGGAGGUACGAGGGAGGGAGGAAGGGAGUACGGAGGGGAGGGAGUACGGAGGAAGGGAUGUACGGGAGGAAGGGAGUACGGUAGGAAGGGAGUACGGUAG